UAUUAAAACUAUAACAUGGUGAUAAUAAUGUUAUGCUGGUGCUUUCUAUUGUUGCUGGGUAUCGCGUCUACAUUUCUGUUUUGUCUACGUCAAUGGAUUCGAAAUAAGAAGAAAAAGCUACAGUCCCAGUCAGAUAAUAAAUGGAAUGUCGGUCUGUUUCACCCAUAUUGCAACGCUGGCGGUGGCGGCGAGCGUGUCUUGUGGUGUGCUGUGAGAGCGUUGCAGAACAAGUAUGAAAAAAUAAAGAUAGUCAUUUACACAGGAGAUAUUGAUGCGACGCCCAGUUCGAUUCUGCAGAAGGCGAAAAACGUAUUUAACAUAGCGUUGGAAGCUGAACAAAUUACAUUUGUAUACCUUAAGCAGCGACAAUGGGUUGAGGCGAGAAAGUAUCCUCACUUUACAUUGUUGGGGCAAAGUUUGGGCUCCAUUGUAUUAGGUUUGGAAGCAAUAUGCAAAUUUCCACCAGAUAUCUUUAUUGACACCAUGGGAUAUGCUUACACGUUUCCUAUCUUUCGCUACUUGGCUGGUAGUAGAAUUGGAUGUUAUGUUCACUACCCUUUAAUAAGUACCGAUAUGCUAAGGAAAGUGCAAUAUCGGCAAUCAUCUUUCAACAAUAAAGCGUAUGUUGCUCGGAAUCCUUUUCUUACCUGGAUAAAGCUCACCUAUUAUCGCUUGCUUUCUAGGACAUAUAAGUGGGUAAGCUGCUGCUCCGAAACUAUUAUGGUGAAUUCCACGUGGACUGAAAACCAUCUUGUUGAACUGCUGAACGUUCCAUUAAAAACGCAUCGAGUAUAUCCGCCAUGUGAGAUUGAGCACCUGAAAAAAAUAGAACAUAUCGAAAACAAUGACGAAAUCAUAAUAGUGUCUGUGGGGCAGUUUCGACCCGAGAAAAAUCACCCAUUACAAUUACAAGUUUUGUACGAGCUAAGGACUUUGCUGGUUAAAGAUGAAGCGCUCUGGAAUCGUAUUAAACUGGUUAUAGUAGGAUCUUGCCGGCAUGAAGAAGAUUACGAAAGGCUUCAUAACAUGGAAGACCUCGCAAAGCAUUUAUCUCUUGAAAAUUCGGUCGAGUUUAAAGUAAAUGUUUCUUAUGAUGACCUCUUAAAUAUAUAUAAACGAGCUAUAAUUGGCUUACAUACUAUGUGGAAUGAGCACUUCGGAAUCGGAAUCGUUGAAUGCAUGGCAGCUGGUAUAAUAAUGAUUGCUCAUAAGUCAGGUGGUCCAUUAUUUGAUAUUAUUGAGACAUCUGAAGGUUCGCAAAAUGGAUUUCUUGCAACCGAUGCGGUUGAAUAUGCAACUAGCAUAUUAAAUAUUAUAUUUAAUCCUGCUGAAACGAAUAGGAACAUAAGAAAUGCAGCACGAUCAUCUGUUGAAAGAUUUUCAGAAAAAGAGUUCAACAACCAGUUUUUACGUGCUAUUUCGACCCUUUUCGUAUGAAUGACUAGAUAACCAAUUAUGAAAUUCUAUACAUAUGUG